CCUAAGAGUACUUGCAAGACCGGUCCCACCUGUCCCCCGAUACUGUUUCUCACUAGUGGUUUCAGGUGUUUAUGCUGCCAUUGAGGCAGGAAAUACACCACCCUGGAAUGGGAGCAUUUUCACAGAAAGCAAUAAGUGGUGUGAGACUCCCACUACUUCAGUGAGUCCCAUAUAAAGAAGAAGCAAUGUCUCGCUCUGGAAGAAGUGCUCGGAGUGACCAGGUUCCCCCUUCACACAGAUCUCAUCAAAACAACAAGGUUAGCAAGCACCAUGUAGGUCCAUACAGAGACCAGGAAAGCUACAGACCUGACAGUGAAAGGAGAGACAGAAGGGUACAUGCUUCAAAUAACAGACCAUCAGCUCAACGACCUCCUCGUAGUCAGCAUUCUCGACCUCCAUCAGAUAAUCAUUCAAGGUUUACUGUAGCAUCUUCCCAUCAAUACAACGGUCCCUCCUAUAGAAACUAUGUGGAAAAGCAAUCUUUCUCUGAGAAGUGCUCUAACUUGUGCUCCCGAAGAGGAGUGCUACAGUUUGUGGAAAUAACAGCUGGUAUACUGGUCUUGAUCUGUGUGGUUGCAUCUUAUGCAGUUAUCACUGGAUACACUUCGGCAGCUGGAUUUGGUUCCUUCAGCAUUGAUUCCGCAUACAGCCCUUUCCAAGGCACAGAGUUACAGCAGGUCAGGGAGAUGGAUAUGCAGUAUGUUCAGCUGAGAGCUCCAGGAGUCUAUGGUGGAGUUGCUUUCAGCCUGCUGUUAUGUGCACUGACAAUUGUCUUUCUUAUUUUGGGGAGUAAACCUAUUCACAGGGUGUCCACCCGGGUUCUUUUUGUAGAGUUGAUUUUUGAUGCACUAGCUUGCAUUGGUUACAUUGUUGCAGUAGGCCUCUACCUGCACUUUAUCAAGCAGGUAAAUUCCACUGACAUCUGCAAGACACGAGAGAGACUGUAUGCAGGGCGGGGCUACACCUGGAUGAACUGUGAAGUACAAGGAGGGGAUGCAGCUGUGGCUAUAUUUGGACUCAUUGCUUCAUGUGUUUAUCUACCCAGUGCUAUCUUGUGUGGUCUAUACAUUAAAACUGUACAAGACUUUAAGAGGAACCACCUGUCCCAUGAAUACCCACCUUACUCCUACAAUGAUCAUGAAAGGCCUGUGGAAGACUCAAAAGAGGCCUGCAUGAUUCCAAGUACAUUAGUAUAGGAGAGAUGCUUCUUUUAGAUUGUUGCUAUCAUUUUUACCUAUUAAAAUUUGUUACAUUUAAAUCAAUAACAUGUUUCUAAUGGAAAGACUUAGCACAUAUUUUUUAAUCAUAGGAUAGUAUUUCCAUAAUGUCUGAAUAAAAAUUCAAACAAAAAUA